UUUGAUUGUGUGAAUAGGAUAUUCAUUUAUCCCAUAUUUACCAAGAAGAGACCUCCAAAUGUCAGAUGAUGGGAGUAGAUAGGGCUCACCUAAUCCCUGCCCUGCACGGGCUAGCAGGAUAGACAGUACAGGAAAAGGGCAGUCCUAUCAGGUGGACACAGAAGAAAAAAGGGACUGAAGGGACCUGGUGAGUGAUAUCCAGGGACUUUCAGAGCCAAGGGAGCAGCAUGUGCAAAGGCCUUUAAAUUUCUCUCUUGGGAGCCUACCUGCUACCACUAGCCGAGAAGGGCAUCCUAAGAGGUUUGGAUGCAGGAAGUUUUGGUCCUGGGGAGGAGAAUUGGGGAAGUAGGGGCGCUGGGGCAAGCAUGUUGAGAAACAGAUUGGCACCGUACUCCACCAAAUGUUUGCUGCCCCCUUGUGGUUUCAGGGAGUGCUCUGGCACCAGAUCCUUUUUCCAACGGGCCCGCUGGCCGCCCCGCCUGUGCGACCUCUCUGGCACCUCAAAUUCAGCGCGUCCAAACCGCUCUGAAAUCUGGGAGUCAUCCUAGCUCGGAAUUUCCUACUUCUCUGUCCAAACAGUGGCCAACUCGUCACUAAACCUACCUACUAGUAUCUCCCAACUUAAUCUUUUUUCCCUUCCCACUGCGAUUUCUCUGGUUCAUUAAUGUAACAAAUCAUUUAACAAAUAUUUGAGCGCCGAUCAUACGCCAGGCACCAUACUAGGCUCCGUGGGCACCCCCGCCCCCUCAGCCCCCAGACUCCGUGGCAGGUGUCAUCAGGGGCUGCGGCCCGAUUUCCCCAUCACUCCCUCCUGGGCUCCCUUCACAAGAUCUGGUUCGACUGGCCCCUGGAAAACCCCCCGUGGUCUGCCAGCGCCCACAGGAUGAGGUCGAAGUUCAGAAGUCGGUAACUAAGGCUCUUGCCCGUGCAACAGCAGCCACUCCAAACUGACGCCUUUGUUCACACCCGCGGUGAAACCCACUGCUCCCGCUUUGCUCAACAGCUAACACCAGCCCUCCCAUCUUCUGAAGUCCAGAUCCCCCUCCUUAAGACGCAGAAGUUCCCCGACGGCCGCUCCUUUCUACCGCAGGGAACUGCCCUGCCUCCUUCCGGGGCGUAACAGCGGAGGCUGCGCUCGUUUUCCCAUACCCACUGGGACUGGUCUGGGGCGCCCUGGCCGGCGGGUCGUUUCCCGGGCGGAGAUGCCUCCGGUCCACUCCCUCAUGCCCCGCCCCUCAUGUCCCGCCCCCUCGGGGCGUGCGCGGCCCCGCGGCCUUAGCGCACUCCGGGCCCGCGCGCCAUCUUGGCUCAGGAUCGUGCGUGAGGCGGAUUCGUGGGCAGCGAGAGUCACAUUCAAGACAGCAAGCAGGAUGGAGCACUACCGGAAAGCUGGCUCUGUAGAGCUCCCAGCGCCUUCCCCAAUGCCCCAGCUACCUCCUGAUACCCUUGAGAUGCGGGUCCGAGAUGGCAGCAAAAUUCGCAACCUUCUGGGACUGGCUCUGGGUCGGUUGGAGGGCGGCAGUGCACGGCAUGUGGUGUUCUCAGGUUCUGGCAGGGCUGCAGGAAAGGCUGUCAGCUGCGCUGAGAUUGUCAAGCGGAGGGUCCCAGGCCUGCACCAGCUGACGAAGCUACGUUUCCUGCAGACUGAGGACAGCUGGGUCCCAGCCUCACCUGACACAGGGCUAGACCCCCUCACAGUGCGCCGCCAUGUGCCUGCAGUGUGGGUACUGCUCAGCCGGGACCCCCUGGACCCCAAUGAGUGUGGCUACCAACCCCCAGGGGCACCCCCUGGCCUGGGUUCCAUGCCCAGCUCCAGCUGUGGCCCUCGUUCCCGAAGAAGGGCUCGAGACACCCGAUCGUGAAGACCUGCUGAGCCAGCCUGUUCUCCAGGCCUGAAUGUCUGGGAUGCUUGUGCCUUUUCUGAGAAGCCCUGUGACUGUGCAACAUCCCCCUCAAGGUUUGAGUCCACAGAAGUGGACUUCGCUGUCAUGCUUUCCCUUCCCUCUAGCAUGUGGGAAGGGACUGCUAUGAAGAGUGACAGGUGUGGGGCCUCUGCCAAGUUCCGCGUUGCUAAAUAAGGGCUUACUCUGCCUUCUACUUACAAUGCAUCUGAACUGCCUUCUGAAAGAGAAGGGAUUUAGGAAAUAAAGUUUCUACCUAUUUGAUGA